AAUCUGAAUCUACUUGACAAAUCUGUAAUGUACAGUAAUGGUGUUAUCACGCAAAUAAUUGGUUUAUUGUCGCUACACCUGGGCAUCCAUUUCCGAUGGUCAAAUCAUGUUAUUCGAAAUAAGAAUGUAGUUUUAUAUUCUAACGAUAAGAAAUGAUCUCUGUCUUAGUCGUAUACUGUCAUAUAAUUUGUUGGUUCUCUGGAUCGUAUAUUGAUCAGUCGACAGCUCUCAACGUGUUUCAGUAGUGUAGCAAUGAGACACGAGGAAAGAACCAGGCGGUUAAGACUUUGAUUCCUCUAAAUUACAGGUGAAUAAAACCAACAAGUCGUAUGGAUUAAUAAGAUGGAGUGCCCGAAGACCUGGAAUGACUCUCUGUCUAUAGUGCUAGUUAGCCUUAACCAGACCUACGAAUGUGCUCAGAAUGAAAUCGAAACCGCUGAGAAAUGGACUGCAGAGGUCAUCGUACGCGUGGCCUCGGUAAUGGCGGUGAUGAUUUUCACUCUAAUUGGAAAUUUUCUUUUAAUUGCUCUGCUGACAUACAAACCAUCUCGUCGAAAGAAACGGGUAAACAUCUUUAUCAUCAAUUUGGCCGUUGGAGAUUUAGCCGUGGCUUUUAUUACGAUGUCAACGGAAAUUGUAUUCAUAGCCUUUAACGAGUGGGUCCUCGGUCCAUUCUUGUGUAAGUUCGCGGUGUAUCUUCAGUGUGUUACGCUGUCAAGUGCAACAUUUCUGUUGACUGGAAUGAGUGUCGAUCGCUAUCAAGUCAUUGUUAAACCAAUGCAGUCACUGGCCAAGCGACCCAAAAUCUGGACCAAAGUUGUAAGUGCGUGGGUCCUUGCCUUCCUAUUUGCUUUACCACAACUCGCCAUAUUCGUAGAAGAAAUACAUAUUAAGAAUGGAAAGUCAGUGAAAAUGUGCUGGAGUCACGGCUAUACCGCACAAUGGCAGCGUAAAGUGUAUUUUUUCUUUCUCAUGACUUACGUUUUGAUUGUUCCGUCAAUAGUUAUGCUGUAUUGUUAUUAUAAAAUUGCUCAAGUGGUCUGGGCUAGAGCAAGCUCCCAUCAGCGGUCUCACGACGAUUUCGAUGGAAAAUGUCACGCGAAAUCCUCUCCCAGAGUUUCUGUUCGAGUGAGUUUGGUGUCUGCUUCCAAACAGAAAGUAAUUAAGAUGACCCUUACGGUGAUCGUUGGUUUCUUGGUCUGUUUGACUCCGUACUUCAUUAUAUCAUUUUUACGGAUUUACAGUGAUUACAAAUUAAAACUCAACGACGCGCUGUCUGUUUCGGAAAUAAUUUUCAUGGUGCAUAGUGCUUUAAACCCUGUUUUGUAUGGUAUUUUUGCACUACGAUGGGAACACGUUAAACGACUUCGUUCCAGAAUCAAGUACCGCAAAUCAAUUCGAAAUGAGAUAGCUAGACAACGCACAGUGGAUAAGAGGCGGUUCUACAAGCUUCAAUGUGGACUAAAAUUUUUUAAGAGGCAAAGCCUGUAUCAUGACACUAAUUUUAUUAUAGCAAAUCACGGUAUCCUAGAGGAAAAUGAAUUGCGAACUCGAGCUACGAACCGGUUUAUUAAGUACAGGCUUUCGCUGCCCGACGAGCAGAAAGUUGGUAAUAGAUUUUCGCGACUCUCUAGUGACGGAUGCGAGUCUUUAAGUUCAAGUGUACCGGAACAUGAUUGUGACAAGGAUACAUCUUUAUAAAGUCACUGAAGUCAUUAACAAGUACUAUUUAAUAGAAAAGUAUAUCUGUCACACUUUGAUAUUCGUACAAUCCAUAAUGAUUAUCAAAACGGAUCUAGAACUGUAAGCCUUCUGUCUUACGGAUCCAAUUGAGGGUCAGCUCAAACUUAGUGAUCACAAGUACAGUAUUUCUUUCUCAAGCGGUUUUAUUAAGCGUGAUCGUAUAGUUACAACAAUUAAAAGCAGCCCAAAUCAAGAGUCUAAGAAUCUAUCUGCUCAACAUCAUUUUACAUGGGUAUAUAGACGAUUUUACAUAUGAUGGACAGUUCUGACUAGUUCGGCCCAUUUACGACGAUCAUGAGUGAACAUUUAGUGUUCAAAAUUAAGAUUAAUAGUUUAUUCCUAAAUAAAGUAACAAAACCGUCAAAACUGCCAAUCAAGGAGUCUGGAUGCAGGAUUUGAGUCUCCGAGUCCUGGGUCUCGGAGUCCCCCACCUAGUAUGAGGCAUCACUUACUCAUAAUAUGUUCAUUUAUACAUGGCAUAAAAGGUUACAAAGGUUAAUAUAUAGAAUACACAAUACAUGACUCAAUAUAGAGUACCAGAGCUAUCGUUGCAGACACAGAAUCGCCAAAUAUGUCACUUGUUGUUAAACUCUCAAUUUGGAUAUUAUUAUGCCCGUAUUAUUCGCCUGGUUUUAUAACAUCAUUUAGGAAUACUACGCAGUGCUACAAAAUUCACAGAGUUCAUUCUGUUAAUUAUCAUUAAUACUAUUCAGUGCGCAGUACCUAGGUACACAUUAGUAUCAUAGUGACCAAUAUGUAAUACUAGCAAUUCAAGGUCAUAGCAUGGCUCUCUGUUUACAGAACUAAUAAUUUAAUUAAUGAUGAAUGAGCGCUGUAAAACUAUAAUGUUUAAAUGUACUUAUUGAUUUGUUACAUAUAUAUCUUUGCCGAAACGAAUUUGAUAGAAGAAAAUGAAUAGCUUCAACAAGAUAUCAAGACAACACGUGCACAACAUAUUGAUCAUUACACGAUAGUAUAAAACGUGCACAACAUAUUGAUCAUUACACGAUAGUAUAAAACGUGCACAUCAUAGUGAUCAUUACACGAUAGUAUGAUAGUUUCACUAAUAGUACUUUAUUUUUUUUUUCGAUGAUUGUCAUACGAUACGAUAUACACAAUUUAGUUGUUUUACGAAUUUUUACGACAAAUUUCAGGUCAAUACGGUGUUUCAAUUCCUUUAUCUUCUUGCGUAGCGUUGAACAUUAUUAUACAGAACACUUUUUUGCUAUUUAAACGAAUAGCGAUUUGAAGGAUGAAAAAUCACCAUUUUGAGGAAUAAAGAUAUUAGAGUUGCUCUUAUUAGACAAUUUAAUUUUUUAAGCCACUCAUUACUAAUUACGACUUUAAGAUAAAUCAAAGAGAUGAUAAUCCAAUUUAUAUAAUGACUGAUACCGUAAGCCAUACAGAAAUGAAUGAUAUUUGUGAAAAUAUCUUUUGCAAAAUAAUAUGCAAUUAACGCCCGUAAGAAAAAUUCAUCUGGUUGCAUAGAAAUCGUGAUGCAUGGUCAUCUAUAAGUUAAUAAAUGAGAAAUAUCCAGGAAAAAAUCUAAUAAACCAGCUGCGACAAAAUUAUCGAAUGAAAAUGAAUUAUGGCUUUGCUUCAUAGCAUGCGCGUAUACUAAUGGACUUCAGAAAAAUAUAUAUAUGGUUUUUUCCCAUACGCACAGCAGAAAACAAAAAAACCCCCCGAAAAUCAAGCAAUAAAACCUGCAUGUUCCAUUAAACAAGCAAUAACUAGAACUUGUUUUCAUUCUAGUAGAUAAAUAACCAUGGAAAAUCAAGGUACUAACAUUACCUGAGUUGGUUGAAUGAAGAAUGAUGGCUGGAAUUUGCGUUUUAUUUAACGGGAAAUGUUUAGUGAAACUGUGUGUACUCAUUAUAGAAUCGUUUCAUAGUUUAAAAAAAUAAAUGUUUCAGAUGUAUUUGACUUAUCAGCGUGAACCAUAUGCACCAUUAUAUGAAAUCUUCUGUAUUUACGUGUAAGCUACAUUACAUUAACGAGAACUUUCAAUACCAUGUUUUUAUCGAGUAACUUACAUGCUAAUCCUUUAUUAAUAAACU